CAGAAUUGUCGACCACUCCAUCAAAGUGUGAGAAAUUAUGUCCUAAGACAUGUCGCACAUAACAUCAAUCCAGAGUCAUUAAAGUGAUGGCAUUGCAUGAUAAAUAUCAUCCCAUGGCUUUCAAGUACAGUACAAACAUAAAUACGGGGUAACUCGAUGUGCUCUACAGUUUGAUAUGGUGGGCUGCAGCACUCACUUCCUUCUCAUCCGAAAAAAUCCUGCUCUGGAAAUCCUGGUACGUUUGUUGAGCGACAAAGGAAGGACGCCCACUACUAGCCCUCCAAGGCUCCAACCUUCCCUUGCGCCACCUCCUCUUCGGUGGGCGAUGCCAUCCCCUCGAGCCAUAUUUCCCCGCUGGAGUUGCCAACUUCCUUUGGGAGGUCAACUCACGGCGAGCUGGAUUUUAUAUUCGGCGAAAUAGUGCGCCCAUUUGUUCAUCUGCAUAUAUGCAAUAGUGGCCAUGUGUGUGUUCAAACAUGAGCGGCCUGCGAGCCAAAUAAUAAAUGUCAAUAGACGACGGGGACUUGAUUCACACUUCAAGAAUCAAGAUGAACGCCAACAAAGCUGGUCUCGAAUCCGGUCAUUGACUUCCCUGUUGCAAGUCGCCGUAACAAACUCACGCCAUCACCAUGACCCCAGGGACGCAGAAGUGUAUAAAGCCUGGUACAUACUCCUGGCCUUGUUUUUCCAACAUUACUGCUCUACACGUGGAUUUGAAUGAGAUAUUCUAGAAUAUGGUGAAAUGCCUAAAUUCGACCCAUUUAUUGAGAUCGCCACAUCUCAAGGGCCAAUUUUCCUUCACCGACUUGUCUGCAGCGAGCAUCACUGGCGGGGUGGCAACUUUCGAUGAGCUAUCCGGCCAGCGGAGAGUGAUGUUAGAUUGAGCUUGGGAAUUGUGGACUUGAAAACAUACGAAUGCUCUGUCGAUGUUGUUGUGGCCUUGUGCUACAUGCUCCUUGGGGCCAUCAAACACUAUUGAUAGACAGAGACGGAUAUAGAUCCACGACUGAGACGGAGACGCAAGCGAGUGAAC